GAUUUUAGAAUGCCUUUUGAACGAUUGGUGGAUAAGUGGCAAGGGUUUGUGUGUGAAGGGAAAAUCGUGAUUUUCCAGUUAAAGGCCACACUGGAAGACUUGGAAGCUGACUGUGAAUCCUCUUCAGUACUUCUUAUUCAGACAGAACUCCUUUUAUUUAAUAUCAGAGGAACAGCAAUAGGUGAUAGAAUAAUGAGACGAUCAGCUGUUGCUCGCAUUCAGGAACUCUUCAGAAGAAGAAAAGAAAGGAAAGAGAUGGAAGAAUUGGAAACCUUGAAUAUUAGACGACCUUUAAUAAAGAUGGUGUAUAAAGGUCAUCGGAACUCCAGGACAAUGAUAAAGGAAGCCAAUUUCUGGGGCUCUAACUUUGUAAUGAGUGGUUCAGAUUGUGGCCAUAUCUUUAUCUGGGAUCGGCAUACUGCUGAGCUUCUGAUGCUGCUGGAAGCUGAUAAUCACGUGGUAAAUUGUCUACAGCCACAUCCAUUUGACCCAAUUCUUGCCUCGUCAGGUAUUGAUUACGAUAUAAAAAUCUGGUCACCGCUAGAAGAGUCCAGGAUUUUUAACCGAAAACUUGCUGAUGAAGUUAUAACUCGUAAUGAAUUAAUGCUGGAGGAGACCAGAAACACAAUUACUGUUCCAGCUUCUUUCAUGUUACGAAUGCUGGCAUCACUGAAUCCUAUAAGAGCUGACCGGUUGGAGGGUGACAGGUCAGAAGGGUCUGGUCAAGAGAAUGAAAAUGAAGAUGAAGCAUAAUUGGAUCUUCUAUGCGAGCACCUAGACGUUAUGGAAUUUAUAUAAGACAUUAAUUAUAUUUUUCCUUACAGAGCUUUAGUGCAAUUUUAAGGUUUUGCUUUUGGAUAACCCAACAUUUUGUUUCUGAACGACUGUGUGCAUGACUUUGGGAGAGUGUGCAAGUAAAAUAAGCAAAAAUGUUUUUAAAACGUUUUGCCAUGUCUGAGGGGUGCUAGAAGAUGCAAAGUGCAAUAUUUUCCUUAACCUGCAAACGUGGGAGCUUGGAUCAAUGUUUAAAAAUAACUUUCAUUGGAGCAAAAACAUUGGUUCAAAUAAAUUUCUGUACCUGCUAUUUGCAUGUUUGUUGCUUUCUAAUUAAAAGAUUUGGUUGUUUUAAA